GUGGGCUGAGCACCCUGGUCUCGGCUGCUUUGUGCAAUGAGGGGAGGAAAACAACUGCUUCUCUUUGCAGCAUUAAUUCUCUGGGUGAAAUGUCAGCAAAGGCCAGAUGUGAUCAUAAGACCCGAUCUGAAAAACUUCUUCAAUGGAGACUUAUUUUACUUGAUCUGUAGCAACAGUGGAAGCACAGUGAAAUGGUACUUAAAUGAUGUUAUAUUACCAGAGACAAAUAAUACUCUGAGGAAAGCAGCUGCUUCCCCCGCGGACUCUGGCAAAUAUGUUUGUGAGAGCGACGGAGCAAAGAGUAACGAGUGCUCCAUCACUGUCCACGAAUACACUCCCAGUGCCUCACUCACCAUUGAGACAGGCGGACCAGUGAUGCCCACAAAGGGUGCUGUUCGUCUGAAGAUUGAAAAUGAAGAUGGUCUUAAGGGGUGGAUGUGCAAAGUCAACAGGGGAGAGGAGACCAAAACAGUCAAACUGAAGUUGACAGAAAACUCUGUGAGUUUCGUGUUUCAGCCCACAGAAUUGAAGGUCCCCGAGACAAUUUACUGGUGUACAAAUAGUACUGAAGAAUGUAGAAGUAACCAGAUCACUCUCUGGACUACAGAUAAGGAUGUGAUGCUGGAAAUGUAUCCCUGGCCGGCUGUAGCUGGAGAGAGUCUUACUCUGAGGUGCAUCGUUUGGGGCUCGGAUCAAGUUAGAAAAAGUGUUUUCUUGAGAAAUGACACAGAAAUUAGCACAGUUACUGGAUCUACCCACACAAUUACAAUUGUAGAUAUGUCUGACAUGGGGAGAUACAAGUGCCAUGCCACCUACAGAUAUAGUGCCCAGACUAGGAAGUUACCACACCAAAAGGAUUCGGAUACUCAAUAUCUGUCUGUCCAAGUGCCCCCUGUCAGAGCAACACUCUCCAAAGACAUGUUGUGCUCUUGCUCAUCAUGUGGUAAUGAUAUGCCGUAUCGCUACUACAAGAAAAACGGCCAGUCGUGGACAAUGCUUCCUAAAGACCAGAAACCAGACAGGAGUGGUACUUAUCGAUGUAGAGCUGUGGGUGAAUUCAUGAGAACUCUGCCUAGCGCCUCUGUGGAUUAUAGUGCUGGAGUACCACUGGUAGGAUCUUUGAUUGGGAUUCUUGUGAUCGUGCUGUUGGUUGGUGGAGCAUUUGUUGUAUAUUUUGCGAUGAAGAACAGGAGAAACAGCCAAGAGGCAGUUUAUGAGGAUGUAGGGCUUCAGUUAAGAGGUGAACAAAACUACGAGGAGCUACAGAAGGUCCGUGGGAGAGGGGGCGAAUAUGACACUCUUCAUCCUGAGGCAUCGGGGACUGACAGAAAAGGUGAAUAUGCACCACUGAAAAGAGCUGAAAUGCAGGAAGAAGAGUACCACGAUCUGGGAGCUCAGGGUGCAACAGGAGGAGAUGGGGGUUACGAAGCUCUGCAGAAAAGUGAGAUGCAACAAGGAGAGUACCACAGUCUGGGAGCUCCAGGUGCAGCGGGAGGAGGUGGGGGUUACGAAGCUCUGAAGAAAAGUGGGAUGCAGGAGGGAGAGUACCAAACCCUUGACGCCAAAAAAAGCACUUGAAGCGGCAGGCAAAGACACAGAAAUCAAGAUAGUGGAAGGAUAACACAAGACAGAAGAUAUCACACUCUUAUAUUAAGCUGUAACACAGAAUGUUACAGAGUAUGUUACAAUCAGAAAAGUAGAUUUUUGUCAGCCACAGAUCCUCUAAUAAUUGUAGAGAGAAGGAAAAAAUAAUUAUUAGCGAGGAUAAAUGGUUUCAUUGAACAACUGUUUCUGAUAUUUGAUUAUAUUCAUGAUAUUACAAAUAAAUAUUCCACAAACUGUCUUGACAGGUCACCAUAAUAGAUAAAUGUAUUGAUUUUGUGAAAAAAAAACAGUCAAUACCAACAAUGAAUUUAAUAACCAAAGUCUUUUCACAAUUUUUCUUUCUUAUUAUCAGUAUUAUUUUGAAGCUGUAAGAAUAACAAGGUUUCUGUUCUUAUUCUUUAUUAAUUCUGCUUUGAUGACAUCAGCAGGCUUGUGGCCAAAUACACUGUAUAUGCAUUUCCGCAUUUCCUAUCACUUAAACAACAUAAGAAGAUCGGGGGAUGUUUUCUAACGUGCUCAUUAUUUUGUUAUGACUUGUUUCUGGAUUUGAGAAUUUGCUAAUUAACAUUUUGCAUUCAGUGCGCAGAAGGAAGAGGAUUGUAGGCUUUUAAGUACAAUAACAUUUUUAUUUGUAUUAUUUUUAUUAGGUUCCACUGUAAAAAACUUCGUAUGUCGUAUGUUGUUUUAAAGGGUUUGCUAAAGAUGUUAA